AUGGGCGCUGCAAGGGUCGCUCGUCUGAAAUGGACGGUACCUCCCGCUGCCCUAGCUGCAUACACUGCGGGGGAAUUGUCCCAGCCCAGACAAUCAAGAGCUCAACUCAAUACUUCUCGAACACGAUACAACAAUGACUCGGAGUCUAACAAGUCCAAUUCAGGCUCAGAUGGUGCUGGUGCGGAUGACAAGGAUCAUGAAUCCAUCUGGCACAAACUCGACGGGGUUAAGCAAACUGUUAGCUCCGGCGAGUGGGCAGAUGUGGGUAACCUCAAAGACUAUAUCAUCCCAGACUGGACACGAUUUCUACCAGCUACUGCCCAAAAGCUCCAACGAGAGCUUACCCUGUCGCCCGGCUCAUUAGCAGACGAUAUUUGGAAGGAGGCACAUGAUCCCGAUAUCAACCCCGAGAUUCUCCGCGACGCCGAGGUACGAGUUAGUGGGGAUCUCUGCGACGAAGAGCGGACAUUCAGGCAGCACCGACAACGGAAGGUUAUCAAGGCAUUGUCGUCUUACCUCAGCAUACCCGAGGAGGAGAUCCACCCCGAAGAUGUACCGGUCAUUGCGAUGUGUGGCUCGGGAGGUGGUCUGCGCGCUCUAGUUGCAGGCACUGGGUCGUACCUGGCAGCACAGGAAGCAGGGCUGUGGGACUGUAUUACAUACACAGCUGGUGUCAGUGGUAGCUGCUGGCUCCAGACACUCUAUCAUUCGUCCAUUGCGCAGCGAGACUUCAACAAGCUUGUCGACCAUUUGAAGAAUCGUCUUGGUGUCCACAUUGCGUUCCCGCCAGCAGCUCUCAAUCUCCUCACUACUGCCCCGACCAACAAGUACCUUCUUAGUGGGUUUGUGGAAAAGCUGAAAGGCGAUCCUGGAGCGGACUUUGGGUUGGUGGAUAUUUACGGAUUGCUGCUCGCAGCGAGACUCUUGGUCCCGCGAGGAGAACUGGGAACUUCCGAUGCGGAUUACAAGUUGUCGAAUCAGCGAGCCAAUUUGAUAAAUGGGGCUCAUCCACUUCCCAUCUACACGGCGGUGCGGCAUGAAAUUCCUGUCGAGGCUGUCGAAAACACAAACGACCAGAACAAGAAGCGUCCAACACCUGAACAGCUGGUGAAAGAGUCACGAAAUGAAGCAUGGUUUCAGUGGUUCGAGUUCACUCCCUACGAAUUCUUUUGCGAAGAGCUCAAUGCCGGUAUUCCGACCUGGGCUUUGGGACGUCAUUUCAAUGCGGGCCGGUCUGAGGUUUCCGCUGAAAACCUCCCCAUCCCGGAGUUGAGAAUUCCCGGGCUCAUGGGUGUUUGGGGUAGCGCUUUCUGUGCCACUUUGUCUCACUAUUACAAGGAGAUCCGACCUCUGGUCAGAGGCCUGGCUGGAUUUAGUGGAAUCGAUUCUCUUAUCCAGGGCAAAAACCAAGAUUUGAUCAAGGUGCAUCCCAUCGACCCUGCGGGCAUACCUAACUAUGUCAUGGGCAUGAAAGACCAGCUUCCCGACUCCUGUCCAGAGUCAAUCUUCCAAAACCCACACCUGCGCCUCAUGGAUGCGGGAAUGAGUAACAACCUACCAAUAUAUCCACUCAUCCGACCUGGGCGCGAUGUCGACGUAAUCGUCGCAUUUGAUGCUUCUGCAGACGUCAAACAGGAGAACUGGCUUUCUGUGGUCGAUGGAUAUGCUAGACAACGUGGCAUCAAGGGUUGGCCCAUCGGUGCCGGAUGGCCUAGAAAUCCAAGUCUUAAGGAUACCGAAAAUGCCCUGCGCGAGCCAGAGAACAUUACCGGGGAGGAAUUAUCAGAGAAACUCGCCGAUGCCAAGAAUAACUCUGGAAACUCGCCUGCUGGUCAAAAGCCAAAGUCCGGCACAGACCUGGGCUAUUGCAACGUCUGGGUCGGCACCACGGCAGAGCUAACCUCGGACAAUGAGCCUCCACCAUCCAAGCGCCUCUUUGAUUCUUCACACAGCGAAGACCACUCUGAAUCCGAGUUCCACCUCAUGCGACCAGAUGCCGGCAUCGCGGUCAUCUACUUCCCUCUGAUUCCCAAUCCUUCUGCACCAAACAUCCCUCUCAAACCUAAAAAUCGUCCGGUUGCAGCUGCUCAGUCCAUGCGGGAUAGCUCUCAAACUAAAGACCCAGAACUGCCCCUGGCUCCACAGCCCAACUCGAUCGACCCUGAUGUUGAUGAUUUCCUUUCUACUUGGAACUUCAUUUAUACGCCUGAACAGAUUGAUUCCGUCGUUGGUCUAGCAAAGGCAAACUUCUCUGAGGGUGAAGCGCAGACUCGCCGUGUUGUCCGUGCUGUCUAUGAGCGCAAGAAAUCCGAUCGACUGCAGAGGGAGGCGGCAGAGCUUCGGAAGAAGAUGGAAGGUUUUGUGCCUCUAUGA